UCUUCCUCUUUGUCCUUAUUUAUAUAAAGCGACCUUCGUUUCCUUUGCUUCCCCAAAUAGACAUUUUUUUCUCGCACUCUGUUGGAGGAUUUCGCUUCUCUCUUUCAAAUAUGAGUUCUUAUAACCAGCAAGCUGCUCCAGUUCAAGUCUAUCCACCGCCACAAACAGCAUAUCCUCCUCCAGGAACAGGUUUAGCUUACUCUGCUCCUCUCAACGCCGUUCAUCCACCGGCAUACUCCACCGCCCCUCCACCAGGCUACCCGGUUAACGGCGCCACCGCUUCCGCUCAACGGGUUCCAGUGCAGACAAAGAAAAGAGGCGAUGGCUUCUGGAAAGGAUGCGCUGCGGCACUGUGUUGCUGCUGUCUUUUCGAGACCUGCUGCGAGUAGGAGGGAGCUCAAUACUUCAGUUGUUAUGACCGUAAACAAUAAUUUAUAUGGUUUUUAUUUAUGUUAAGCACUGUGUUUAGUCAGUGUAUAUGUCUUGGUUAUGAAUUGUGAUCAUUUCAUUGUGUUAUGUGCCUUGGAUAUUUUCUGCUUUUGUUAAAAAGUUGUAAAAGGACUAUGGGGUUGUUUAAGACACUUGUAAGUGCUUGUUCCAUGAGUCUAUUUCCAUUCCCGUUUUUUA